AUGGUCAACGUUCCCACCAUCAAGCUCAACAGCGGCUUCGACAUGCCCCAGAUUGGCUUCGGCCUCUGGAAGGUUGACGACAACUGUGCUGAUGUUGUCUACGAGGCCAUCAAGGCUGGAUACCGUCUCCUCGACGGUGCUUGCGAUUACGGAAAUGAGAAGGCCUGCGGUGAGGGUGUCGCCCGCGCUAUCAAGGAUGGCAUCGUGAAGCGUGAGGACCUCUUCAUCGUCUCCAAGCUCUGGCAGACCUACCACGACAAGGAGAACGUCGAGCCCAUCACCCGCAAACAGCUUGCCGACUGGCAGAUCGACUACUUUGACCUCUUCCUCAUCCACUUCCCCGUCGCCCUCGAGUACGUCGACCCCAAGGUCCGCUACCCCCCUGGCUGGCACUACGACGACGCCGGCACCGAGAUCCGAUGGAGCAAGGCCACCAACGAGGAGACCUGGGGCGCCAUGGAGGGCCUUGUUGAGAAGGGUCUUGCCAAGUCCAUUGGUAUCUCCAACUUCCAGGCCCAGUCCAUCUACGAUCUCCUCAAGUACGCCAAGAUCCGACCUGCCACCCUCCAGGUCGAGCUUCACCCCUACCACCAGCAGACCGAGCUUGUCCGCCUUGCCAAGGCUGAGGGCAUUGCUCUGACGGCCUACUCUUCUUUCGGCCCUGCUGGCUUCAUGGAGCUUGACAUGGACAUUGCCAAGUCUGCUUCUCCUCUCAUGCAGCACGAGGUCUUCACUGGCCUCGCCAGCAAGUACAACAAGACCGCCGCUCAAGUUCUCCUCCGAUGGGCCACACAGCAAGGUCUUGCUGUCAUCCCCAAGAGCACCACACCCGAGUACAUGGCCCAGAACUUUGGCUGUGUCGGCUGGGACAUUGAUGAGGAGGACAUGAAGCGCAUUGCCAGAAUGAACCUUAACCUCAAGUUCAACAAGCCCACCAACUACUUCCCUACUGAGAAGCUCUGGAUCUUCGCUUAA